AAGUUGAUCUAUUUAUUUUUAUGUUAAUAAUCAUUAAUCUUACAAAAAUAAUAUACGUUGAAAAUGAUAAAAAUGAAGAUGGACGUAUUAACAUUUCUUAUUGUUGUGAGUCAAGUACUACUUAUUUUUGGCAAAGUAAUUAUAAUGCACGAUAUGACAUUAUUAAACCAUGAGAUGAUAUUGAUAUGUGUAUCUGAAAAUGAUGGCGGCGCUCUUGUAUGGAAUCGUCUUGCUUCAUUUUACAAGGACGAAUAUGAUUAUUAUGAGAUUAAUGGACUUCAAAAAAGUGAUAUAAUGUGUAAGAUGAAUGAAAAUAAAGGAUGCUUGGAGUCAUGGUCUAAACGUGACUGGAAACUUACAAAUUCCUUAAUAACACCAAUGGGUCCAGUAUUUGAUCAACGAUGGGAAGAAUUUCCACAAUAUGAAUCUUAUAAUGAGAUUAAAUUCUUAGGUGUUCUUAGAAGAACUAACUUUAACGAAGUAAAGCUUUCUUUUUCGGUUCGUACGGUGUACAACAUGAUGAUAUUAAUUUGCAACGGCGAGGAUAUUUACACAGAUUCUUGUUAUUGGAUUGUAAUGAAUAGUUGGAACUAUACACAAUCUGUCAUUGGAAAAUGUGCAACAGAAAUCCCUGGAUCCAAUAAAUCCAAAGAAUUUUUUGACAUAGAUUCAGAAUGUUAUUUCGAUCCAUUAAUAUCGUACGAACAACCAAUGUCUGAAAAUGAAUGGCGAACGUUUGUUAUUACAUGGAAUUUUGAUACGGGCAAAAUAAUUCUUUAUAAUACUGAUAAGAUUAUUUUGUCGUAUACAGACGAGGAAAGACAAUUAAAUUCAGACAAUAAAUAUUACAUAUACAUUAAAAGCCUUUACGAAAUGUACUUUCGAGUGCAUAUAUAUAAAUUUUUGCAUACCACUGUUGAGAAUGCGACUUUAACAAGUCCCGUGUUUAAAGUUUAUGAUGAACUGAUCUGUGUACAAUUAUUAGUUGGUCUUUGCGCCGAAUGCGAUGCACAUAUAAUGUUGAUCAUAUUUAAUGAUUCCAAGAACUGUUUCAAUGAUGAAACAUUAGUAAUCAGAAGGAUAGUAAAAGGCUCCACAAAAGCUGCGGUUCAUGGCUUACCAAUGUGGCAAUCAGUUACUAUCAAGAAAAAUUUGAUCAACUAUAGUAAUAAUAAUGUAAGGAUCCAAUUAAUGCCUAAACUCAAUAAUCAUACCGUCAAUCCGUUGUGGGCGAUAGCAAAUGUUCGCCAGUGUCCUCAAGAUGGAACUUUGAGGAAAAAUGUUAUAACUUUUACAAAUUAUCACGAACCUAUUAAUAGACAAAACGUGACAUGUCAAAAAUUAUUUUAUAAUGAACAUGCUGUCGUGAGUUCUAAAUCAAGCAUCAAAACAGAUGUAAAUCUUGACGCGUCAUACUGUCCUCUAGGAAAAAUUGGACCAAAUUGCUUAGUUUCUUGUAAAGAUGAUCUGCGUAAUAAGUUUGAUUGCAGAGGAACUCAAAUUUGUUACGAAGAUGGUUGCACGUGUGAUGCAGGUCUUAUGGGAGAAGCAUGUUCAGACUCUUGUAAUUCAAAUACAUAUGGUUAUAAUUGCAUGAAAACAUGUGGCUCAUGUCUCUAUAACGAAACAUUAUCUAACAAUCGGUGUGAUACCAGAACUGGGAUAUGCAGUAACGGAUGUAAUAAUACUAAUACAGAAUAUUUUUACGUUCCACCUUUAUGUCAAACAGGCGUAGAAAAGCCAAAUGCACCUACAGUUAUCUCAAUAAACGAAACGACUAUUUGGGCCAAUGUUUCUAUAACAUGGAAAAACGAGUACGAAGAAAUAUUGAUUCUUUAUUCUUUUGACAUUCAGGAACACAUCAAAUACAAUCAGCAAUCAUGGAAAAAGUUAUUUCGAAAUAUGACACAAAUGACAAAAUAUUUUAAAAACGUGAAACCUGGUUUUACUUAUCAUAUUCGACUAAGCUUGAAUAUUUCAGGUGUACAAAUACACAGCGAUUGGAAAGUAGUUGAGACUAAAUGCAAUCCGGCUGAAAACUUCGACGUAACACAAGAAAAAAGCGGCAUGAUAAUUGAUUUACGUAUCAACCCAAAACAAUUAUAUUCAUGUCCGGCAACGUGGUAUUAUCUCGUAAUUCAAAAUGAAGAUACGAACAAAGAGGUCGUUUCUAAAUUAGUUCCAUCUUUUCCAUAUAAGUUUCAACCUUUAUCAUCACACACUUCUUUUAAUGUGACUAUAUCUCACGAACAUCUCGUGUUAUUUUCAAAAUCGAUCAGCAUCAAUAAUGUUUCACCACUGUAUGAAGCGUGGCUAAUACCCAUUACGGCCAUUACUUCAUUCUUCGUCGUGAUAGUAAUAGCAUCUUACUUUUACCGAAGAAAAAGACGACAAUGGAAUAAAAAGCAAAUACGAAAUGAAAUAGCUUUGUCGCAGAAGGCCGUGAUCUAUAAACACGGAACGAAAUCCACAAUAACUAAUGGAAUGGAAUUCAUAGAAGGUCCUCAUCUUUAUGAAAGUAUAUCUUCAUUGCGGGCAAGUACACCGGAAGCGUUGGUAACUGCUAUCGUGCACGGCGAGGAAGAGGAGAUGGAAAUAGUAUCAUUGGUAAAGGUGAAAGAUUUUGAGGAAUAUGUCAGACAAGCGAUAGAGUCAGGAUUACUGGAUAAGCAAUACAAAACAACACAACAAGUAAUGAAGAAAUGUAUGGAUGAUGCUUACUCCGAUUAUAACAACGCUAAUUACAUCACUGGUUAUAAAAAAGAGAAACGUUAUAUUGCGACACAAGGGCCCGAACCAAAUACUGUCACCGACUUCUGGCGUAUGAUUUGGCAAGAAAACGUUCUUAUUAUAUGUAUGUUGGCAAAUGUGGUCGAAAAUAAAAAGACAAAAUGCGAACAAUAUUGGCCGGAUAUUGACAAGAAGAUGAAGUACAGCGACAUUAUUGUAUUCAACGAAAAGCAGAAUAUUUUCGCUGAUUACUCUUUUAGAACAUUCCAAGUCACUUAUGGAGAGGAAACUCGAAAGAUAGAACAUUUACAUUACACGGCUUGGCCGGACUACGAAGUGCCAUUAAAUACACAUUCAGUAGUCACAUACUUGAAGAAAUUGUUAUCGUUAUCACCUGGAGAUGGACCCGUGGUAGUUCAUUACAGUGGCGUUGAAAAAACAGGGAUUAUCAUUUUGUGCGACAUUUGUCUUCGUCGAGCAGCGAUCGAGGGGGAAGUUGAUGUUCUCGCCGAAACGAUAUCCAUUAAAAGCGAACGAAAUAACAUGAUUAAUAAUAAGCAACAAUAUCUCUAUGCGCAUUUGGUGUUAGUGGAAUGUUUGUUUUCCAUUCCGACUACAGUUCCGUGUAACGAGAUGUUGAUUACGCGAAUCAAGGAGUUGAAAGAACAAUUAUCUGUUCAUCAGCAAAGAUUACAGAACACUUCAUGGCGAGAUGAAAUCCUGCGACAAGAUAAAGUCAGUACAGUAUAUUUAAAGAAAUACCCGACGACGCACGAGGACAGCGAUUAUCUAUCUGCCGUUUAUGUAGACGGAGUAAAACAUCAGAAUCAGUAUCUAGCUACACAGCUUCCCAUACAAUCGACGAUUAAAACUUUCUGGCGAAUGAUUGCCGAAUUCAAAGUUGAACUUAUUCUCAUGCUACAGCCGCCAGAUUUGCAGGAUCCUGCUUGCUGUGAGAUUGCUCCUUCAAGCGGUGAGUUUAAACCAAACCCGUAUUUGAAUAUUACUGCGAAAGAAGCCGUAAAGGAGAAAUAUUAUACGUCACAAAAAUUGUUACUUGUUGAUAAUUUCGAGAAAUGUCCACGAGAACAAGAUGUGACUAUAAUGUGUUUAACGGAAUGGAAACCCGGAAAGGAUCAACCACUGCCUCCAGUGAGGUCGAUGGUGACCUUUUGGCAAGCAGCUGAGUCCAUCGCAAGAGGCAAUGGACCAACUGUCACUCUUUGCCAUGACGGAGUGACUGGAUGCGGCCUCUACUUAGCAUUGAGUUUCUUGUUGGAACGAAUGGCUGUCGAGAAGGAAUGCGACGUUUAUUUAGCGGUGCGAGCUGUCAAACGAUCGAGAACAGAUUUUGUUCGUUCCCUGGUAAUGAAUCAAUUUAUAAUAACAAAAUCAUCAGGUUAUGAAUCAUUGUAUAAUAACAAAUAGAAAUAUUCAUAAGAAUCUUAUCGAUACAAAUUUGUAGUCAUCUCCUCGGUGACACAAAAAGAUUACAGGGUUGGUAUUCACAGUCGAUUCUUAUAGUUAAAGCUGACCUAUGUAAUAAUAUUUUAAUAUGUCAUCAACCAAUCACAGAAAUAAAAUAUUAUCUUUAAACGAUUGCUUGACGAUUUUGAAAUAAAAUUCGAUUAUGAAUACUAGCCUAUUAGAAAACUUCAAAAAUAUAUAAAUAGUUAUAAGAU